CAAAUUCUGCCUGACGGAUCCCACUACAACUCGGGUAAGAGGCACGCGCUCCUGAGAGCUAUGUUGUGGGCGUUGCGUUUAGGUCUUGCUAGCCCAAGCUAGAAUUUGCGCAGGUACAAUGAUGGAUUUUGACGAGAGGGUUUCUGUUGGCUCAAACAUGUAUCUGCCCAGCUGCACGUAUUAUGUUCCGGGGGCUGAUUUCUCCACGCUGCCCUCUUUUCUAUCCCAAAGUCCGUCUUCUCGUCUACCCUACUCUUUUUCUUCUAACCUGCCUCAGGUACAGCAUGUCAGGGAGGUUACAUUCCGGGACUAUGCUAUUGACGCUUCUAGUAAAUGGCCUCACCGGGGUCCAUUGACUCAGUGUUAUCCGCCGGAGGACAUAGUACACAGGGAGUGUUUAGCACCACCGACGACUGUUGGUGAGAUAUUCCCCAAGAACAAUUCAUCUGCAUACUACCACACAUCGCAUGCGAGCUCCGUGUCCAAUUUCUACGGCGGUGGUGGAAGAAACGGGGUGCUGCCUCAAGCAUUUGACCAGUUUUUCGACACAGCCUAUGUCUGCUCGGACAGUGCGCCGAACAGCGACUAUGCAGCGAGGGAUAAACAGCACUCCAGUAAGCAGGCAACGGUAAUCCCCGCACCGGAGCAGGAGUCUGAAGGAAAGGAGCGACAGGAGACAAGCAGCCCCGAAUCGUCUUCUGGCAACAAAAAUGAGGAAAAGAUCAGCGGUGCGAACAGUGGACCCAGGGUUCGCAAGAAGAGAUGUCCCUAUACUAAAUUUCAACUCCGAGAGCUCGAAAGAGAAUUCUUCUUCAGUGUGUACAUCAACAAAGAGAAACGACUUCAAAUCUCAAGGAUGCUUAAUCUCACCGAUCGGCAAGUGAAAAUUUGGUUCCAAAACCGGCGCAUGAAGGAAAAGAAGCUUAAUCGAGACCGAUUGCAAUACUAUACAAACCCGCUGAUGUAGGACAAGAAAAUGUCAAAACUACACAAACACAAGAGCGGCAUUAAUUAUAUCACAAAUGAUAUGAUAUUGAUGAUCAGCGCCAGCGGAUAAUUUCAAGUUCGUGAUAAGGAACCAUUCGCAACGACUUGAAGAGUGAUUUCAGUAAAGGUUGUUUUGUGCUCGUUUAACGUACAAAAUACGUUUCGCACAAAUAAGUAUUUUUGGGAGGUCGAACAAUUUCACCGAAGAAUUGCUUCCCUGUUUUCAGUUGUGGAUUACAAACAAAAAAGUGAGAACAACUGUGUAAAGCAUUUGGGUCUAAACAAGUAAAUGCUUUGUAACACACUUUUUAUGUGGUGUGAUAAUCUUGGGGGAAUGUAGUGUCUUUUUACGUUUUGAGCUAAAGACUUUGGUGUGACCAAAUAGAAGAACAACAUGCGAGAAGGUUGGUUUGAAUGCUCACCGUUUUCGAAUUAUUUAUUGAUUUUCCAACAAUUACCUUCAGCAUUAUUAUUGAAAGACUUGGGUAAGCAAUAACACUUAAAUCUAAUAAUGUGUAAACAUUAUGGUCAUCUGUAGCCUAUACUGACCAUAUUCUGAUAAUUUCAUUCUUUUUUUGUGCAAAGUCUGUGAACGGGGAGCUACAUGAGAUAACAAUUUUACGAAGGUUGAUUGAACGAAAAAAAUGCAAAUCUCAUGAAUCCCAAUCAAUAGGUAAACAUAAACACACAUGGUAAUUAGUAAAGUGUUUAAAAAAAAGUAUUAAAGUGUUUCUCUUGGUUUACUUGCAUUAUGUCUGUUUUCAUCCUAAAAAGAAAUAUUUUUCGCACUGAA